AUGCAGAAGUGGUUGAUCACAAGCAGAGAAACCUGCUUUUUUACUCUCACUGCCGACUCCACCGCCAAAGAGUUUUCAUCUCCAGGAAACCCUAAGUCAUACCCAGCUUACUCCCGAUGCCAGUGGCAGAUCCGCGCCAAUAAAGGCUCCGCCAUCAUCAUCAAGUUCAAGAGCUUCCACAUCGAGGAUGACUGUUUCAAUGACUUUGUGGCCAUUUAUGACUCUCUAAGUCCUGACAGCACUCGUGCCAUCACAAAACAGUGUGGUCUUCGUCCUCCUACAAAUCCUCUUGAGGUGGUAUCUUCUGGUAACCUUAUGCUUGUCAACCUGAUUACAGAUGAGGUCCGGAAACCAGGAUUCAAAGCAACUUACACUGCGAUUCCCAUUACUGCAGCUGGGAGCUGUGGGAAAAGUCUGACUGAUAGUACAGGAAACUUCACCUCUCCUUAUUUUCCAAGUUUCUAUCCUCCCUCGGUGGAUUGCAGCUGGAAUAUUAAAGUUCCUGAUGGCAAAUACAUAAAGAUUGAGUUCAAUAUGUUCCGUUUGAAAGAGCCGGGGGUGGACCCUAACAACUGUAACAAAGACUACAUAGAGGUGCUUGAUCAAAAGUAUUGUGGAGAAAAAAGUAGACUUGUGCUCUCUAGCAAAUCUAAUGUCAUGGAAGUAAAGUUUCAUUCGGAUGAAUCCUACACUGACAAGGGAUUCAAACUCACUUACACUGCAUUUGACCCUGUAAAUCCUUGCCCUGGUCAGUUUGCUUGCAGUUCAGGCUUCUGUAUCAAAAAAGAGCAGCACUGCGACGGCUGGAACGACUGCCUAGACAUGAGCGAUGAGAAAAACUGCAAGUGUGGUGACGAUCAGUUCACUUGCAGCAAUGGCCUCUGUAGGCCUCAGUUCUUUGUGUGUGACAGAGCGAACGACUGCGGCGAUAACAGUGAUGAGAAAGACUGUGACUGUGGCAGAGCACAGGUGAGGUGUGGCAAUGGCGCCUGCAUCAUGCAGGAUUUUGUUUGCGAUGGAAAAAAUGACUGUCUUGAUGGAAGUGAUGAGGUCUCCUGUGUAGCAUCGCCUGGUGUCUGCAAUGAUUUCUCCUUCAAGUGUAAAAACCAGCAAUGCGUAAACAAAGUGAAUGCGGAAUGCGAUCGUGAUGAUGAUUGCUCAGAUGGCUCGGACGAACAAGGAUGCGACUGCGGGACUCGGCCAUACAAGCAUAACCGCAUUGUGGGUGGUCAGAACGCAGAUGUGGGUGAAUGGCCGUGGCAGGUCAGUCUUCAUUUCCAGACCCAAGGACACGUUUGCGGAGCCUCGAUCAUCUCCAACAAAUGGCUAUUGUGUGCUGCCCACUGCUUCAUCCAACCUGAUCCAUCCUACAAGAUGACGUCCAGCUGGACGACGUACAGUGGUCUGCGGGACCAGAACAUCCAAGACAAAUCAGUUCAAAUGCGAAAUUUGAAGACCAUCAUCACCCACCCAAACUACAACGAUUUGACCAACGACUAUGAUAUCUCUCUCCUCGAACUGAGCCAGCCGCUGAACUUCAGCAACACUGUGCAUCCCGUCUGCCUUCCAGCGACGAGCCACGUCUUCACGGCCGGCAGCUCCUGCUUUGUGACAGGCUGGGGGACGCUUCGAGAGGGAGGAACCGUGGCUCAAAUCCUUCAGAAAGCCGAAGUAAAGGUGAUUAAUGAUACAGUGUGCAACAUGGUGACCGAAGGUCAGGUGACCUCAAGAAUGAUGUGCAGCGGCUACCUUUCUGGAGGUGUGGAUGCUUGUCAGGGAGAUUCGGGUGGCCCUCUUGUGUGUCUUUCCGAAGCUGGCAAAUGGUUCCAGGCUGGCAUAGUGAGCUGGGGAGAAGGCUGCGCUCGGAGGAACAAGCCUGGCGUUUACACGCGUGUCACCAAACUGCGGGAAUGGAUCCGUGAAAUCACAUCCUUAUAGUGGAGCCUGGACCUGCAAUCACAGCGACAACCAAAGCAGAAGAACCGGAAUGUUCAGUGGCAGCACAUUUUAGUAGAGUUUGUGAGCUGCACACACACACACACAAAGUUAAAGCAACACUCCAAAUAGUUUUGCAAAAAGGCUUCUUUUACAAGAAACCUAAAGUUAAACAGUAUCAUAUUUUAUUUCAUUCAGCUGAUCUCUGGGUCUGGGGGAAAACUUUAAGCUUAGCUUAGCCUAGCAUAGCCAUUGGGUUUUCUGUUGAGUGUGGAGUGUCAUUAGGUAAGGAGUAAACUUUUUAACGAAUGCACAUUGUUGUCAUUUGUGUUUACUUUAAUAGUAAUCUCAAAAUAUAUAGAUUUUACUAUCAAAACUGGGAGAACCUUUAACUUAUCUUAAAACCCAACCGCUAUGCUAAGCUGAGUGUGGAGCGUCGCUAAGAAAGGAGAAAACUUUUUAGCGAAUGUACAUUGUUGUCAUUUGUGUUUAUUUCAGUAGUAAAAUCUGUAUAUUUUAAGAUUACUGUCAAAACGGGGAUAACUUUUAUCUUAUAUUAUUUUAGCUUAGCUUAGCAUAGCCAUUGGGUUUUCUGAUGAGUGUGGAGCAUCAAUAGGGAAGGAGUAAACUUUUUAGCGAAUGUACAUUGUUGUCAUUUGUGUUUAUUUUGAUAGUAAUCUCAAAAUAUACAGAUUUUACUGUUAAAACAGGGAGAACUUUUAGCUUAGCAUAGCAUAGCCGUUGGAUUUCUGAUGAGUGUGGAGCGUCGUUAGGUAAGGAGUAAACUUUUUAGCGAAUGUACAUUGUUGUCAUUUGUGUUUAUUUUAAUAGUAAUCUCAAAAUAUGCUUAUUUUACUGUUAAAACGGGGAGAACUUUUAGCUUAGCAUAGCCGUUGGAUUUCUGAUGAGUGUGGAGCGUCGUUAAGUAAGGAGUAAACUUUUUAGCGAAUGUACAUUGUUGUCAUUUGUGUUUACUUUAAUAGUAAUCUUAAAACUGAUUUUACUGUUAAAACAGGGAAAACUUUUAGCUUAGCUUAGCUUAGCGUAUCCAUUGGGUUUUCUGGUGAGUGUGGAGCGUCGUUAGGUAAGGAGUAAACUUUUAAGCGAAUGUACAUUGUUGUCAUUUGUGUUUACUUUAAUAGUAACCUCAAAAUAUACUGAUUUUACUGUCAAAACGUUGCUAAUUUGACCCCGUAUGAAAGCAUGUAUAGUGCAAGUUAACUUAAGGGACUUUAGGACUUUUAAUAUAAUAUAAUAUUCUUUCUAGUGUAUAUAAAAUAAGCACUGAUUACUUAAUAAUUUAAAGUAACAUUAAUUCAAAUUUUAAUCAACUAGACUAACAGUGAUUCUCCUUCGCCUAAUUUUAUAUCAAUAUUUGUGGAUAGUAAGCCUAUGUACAGUAUGGCUGGACUUACGACUUUCCAUUUAAUGUUGUUUGCAUAAUAUUUAGCUGCAGCUAUGGGGGAAAUGUAAGAGACCACUAUAGAAUUCUCAGUGUCUUUGUAUUUGCUAUGUUUAUAAUUAUUUUUUUGAGUAAAAUGCAAUUUUUUGUUCGCAUAAAUCACUAAAUCUUAAUCAAAAGAAUUAAGAGUUUUGAUGAUUUUACUAUUUAAAGCUUGAUUUCUGUAGUUACAUCAUGUACUGAGACUGAUGGAAACUAAAGUGACGUAGCUGGGGACUAUAUUCUGAUGCUGCAUAAUAUUGUGCCUGCUGCAGUUAUGGUACAGCAGCGAACUUCCCUUAUUAUUACACUGGAAUGAGAGUAAAGUUCAUAGACAUAUCAACCUAGUAAAAUAGCAACUUUUCAUUUCCAGUUGAUCUUAGUACGCAAUGCAAGUAGGGAAAUGUUUUUCAGCAAGAUGCGAAUGGUCUAAUCUGAUUCAAUGAUCUGUGCUAAGCUAAGCUAAAAGUGCUCCUGCCAGACCAAGAGAUCGGCUGACAUUUAGAUUCUAGUACAUUCAGAUUCCACUAAAAUGAGGAUAUAUGUGAAUAUGAUGAACUGUUACACUCAUUUACCAACUGCUUUGUCUCACAAUUGUAGCGGUUCCAGUCGUUCAUAUCAGAAUCCUUGAAUAAGUAACUUUUAUGAAUGUUACUUGGAGAUCAGGCUGUUCUAUAACGAGACUGGCCUGAUGGAUGUCAUGUUGUUAUCUUUUUAAAUGAACUUUCUUUUGCUCAAAAUGUGCCUUUCUUUCCAGAAACUACACUGUGUGUCUAUUCGGGAACAAUGGCUCUUGUGUUGCAGAGCAAGUUCCAGUGCCUGUUUUAUUUUUUUCUUUCUUUCUCUCUUUUAGUGAAGGUCAAAAGCUUCUUUUCAAUCUAGAAAUUCCUGUAAGCAUCCCACUCAGGCUGACCUUCCUUCCUCACAUCUGUGUGAUCUCAGGACCUCUGUGCUGAAGCUCUAAAAUGGAGGAUUAGGUAAAAAUAGGAGAUUUCCGUCAUCCAUUUGCCAAUACAACCAAGGCCAACAUGGGUCACUCGCUUCUGCUGCAUGUUAAAGUUCCAGCCAAUCAAUGUCAAAGCUGCUGGCGGAAACACCCAGCAGGAUGGUCUCUCCUUCAAAGAGGUCCAAAUUAUUGAGGAAUCUAUAAUGCCGAUUUCUCAUAGACUUUGCAAGUUUCUUUCCCAUGGAAAGUCCACUUGCUUAGUAUGUUUUUUUUUUUUGUGUUGUGACUUAAUUUCCCAGUAGGCACAAGAGAGAUGUAAGCUGUAUUUUCAGAGAUGUCAAGCAAGAGCUGAUAUAUUUAUAUACGACGUGAGUUUCAUAUAGGAUCAUGAUGUGCAGUUUGUUCUUCUGAGGGCUUGUUAGGCUUGGAUUUUUAAAUAUAAAAAAUUUCAACCGUAAUUCUUAAACUAUGAGUGUUUAUUGCUUUUAAGUGUCUGGGUGACUAACAUUUGUAAAUAUUUCACAUGCUCUUAUUAAUAUAGUGGAAUACUUGGUGCUUUCUGUUCAGUUUUGUUGCAUUUUGUACUUAAACUCUUUUAAUGUAUUCAGAUU